UGGUAUGUCAGAACAAAUAACCUCGUGGAUUUCUGUGCUUCCCUAUUUAGCCGCAUGAAGCCUGUCGGGUCAGUGUGACCAGAGCAUGGUCACCAGGCCCUAUGCGUUAUCGCCACGGGAUCCAGCUUGUUUGAUGGGACCGAGCAGACGUACUGCAGCACGCGGUCAAGAAACCGCUCACGGAGGACUGCGGGAGUUAAAGGGGCGGUGAGAGCCGGUGGAAGAGAGGCGGACUCUUGACUGUCAGUCAAACAUCCGGGGUUAUCCGUUGCUACGAUAUAACGCCUUAGCGGAUCUAAACGACUCUCAGAAGUAAUUUUUUUCAGAAUACCAGGAGGAGACGGGCACACCUAAGUCUCUCAGAAUGGGAAACCUGCUGUUCUCCACAGGCCUCAUAAGGACUGAUGCAACCAAGUCGGAUCAAGUUAACAGACGACAUUUAAUAGCCAAAACGAUCUGCAAUGGCAUAACCUAUUAUUACACUCCACUCACCGGUACAGAAUGUCUUGCCAAAAAAUGUCAAGACUCUGCAGCUGUUUGCCCCACGUUCCCUGUUUCACCAUCUGCAGGGGCCUCCUCUUCUACACUCCUCUCAGAUUCACCGUCAAACACAUCUGUCUCCUCCCAAAACCAAUCAUAUUCUGCGUCCACUUCUCGUCCACUUCUGCUUUUCUUCUCCUGGCUUGGUGCCCAACCAGGGGGAAUGGCUAAGUACCGGGACCUUUAUCUGGACCGUGGCAUGGAUGUCCUCCUGGUUCAGAGCAGUGUGAUGCACUUCCUGUGGCCUCGAUGGGGGCUCGAGUAUGGAUUGGAGGUUCUGAAAAUUCUGGAGAACCCUCCCUUCGCAGGGAGGGUGAUGCUGGUUCAUGCUUCUUCCAUCGGUGGCUACACUUUCACUCAAAUCCUCACCCACAUUGUCCAAGAACCAAAAAAACAUGCAGGCCUGGCACAGAGGAUGAUGGGGCACAUCUAUGACAGCUUAGUGGUCGGCACUCUGGAGCACAUGGCCAUAGGCAUUGGUAGAACUCUGGUGCCACGUUUUGAGAGCUUCGUCAAAAGCACUGCCAUGCUUUACUUCUGGCUUUUCAAAACCCACACGGCAGACUUCUACGAGACCAGCAUCCAAGUGUUCCACAACAGCCCAGUUACCGCUCCCGCUCUCUUCUUCUUCAGUGAAAACGAUGCAAUGUGCAACACUGCAGUGAUGGAAAAGCUGAUUGACGUCUGGAGACAGAGAGGAGUGGACGUGCACAGCAGAAAGUGGAAGAAGUCGAUACAUGCGGCCCACUUGCGCUGCCACCCAGAUGAUUACCUCUCCACCCUGCAACACUUUUUGAACUCGCUGCCCAUUGCCUCCUGUAAAAAGACAAUCUAAAUAAGUGGGGAGGUAAAAAUACACCACCACCAAAUAUUAAAAAACAAAAUAAGCUUUAUGAUUUAAAAAAGAAUGCACUUUGAUUUUUUUCCUUUAGCUUUGUCAUUAAUUAAAAUUUAAAGUAUUUUUUUCUCUCUUUUGCAUAUUCAUUGUUUGAAUUUUUGUUGCUUGCUGUUAAGUAAGGUUGUAUUUUAAGUUAUUUAAAAACAAACAAACAAACAAAAAACUAACCGAUGUUAUUUACCUGUGUGCUUAUGUUAUGGAUUAUUUUGCACUUUAAACAAUUCAAAAGCUUUAGUUGAUAAACUGUUGGUACUCUUACCAGAGAUGUGGUUGCUGCACAUUGAGUGAAAUAAAAUAUUUCAAUUGCGCUGCUUGAAACAGGACUUUUACUUGUGGGUUUUUUCCAUGUAAAAAAUUACCAACAUGGUCUCACUUCUAUUAAGAAUUUCUUGAAAGUCGGUUUAGCUCAGUGCGUUGAGCGGGCGGCCACAUGCCAUACGGCUGAGAGCGGCCGGCCUGGGUUUGAGUCACACCCGCGGCCCUUUGCCGCAUAUCUUCUCUCUGCCCCAUAUCUUCUCUCU